UUGCUCCGGUCUGCUCGGCUCGCGCUGUCUGUCGUGAUGGCGGCCGUGACCUGUCGCGCGCUGCUGAAGGAGAUCCGCGUCGCCAAGGGCUCCGGUUACAGAAACACUCCGCUGUAUAAAUAUGUGCUGGAGCAGUUCAGGAAGAACCAGGUGACGGGCGCUCAGCUGUGUCGUGCGCGGGCCGAGGCUCUUCACGCGGCGAGCUCGUACCUGUGUCUGCUGGAGAGCACACGUCUGCACCGGCGUCUGCACCAGCUCUAUCACGGCCGCGGGGAGCGAGGGCCCGAGGAGGUGGCGGGACUCGUGGGGCUCCGGCUCCCGACGCAGCCCGGCGGCAAGGGCUGGGAGACCUGACCUGCGCGUGUGUGUGUGUGUGUGUGUGAUGAACCUCCACACACCGGACUGAUGUUUCAUGUUUUUGCAUUUAUUCGUAAAAACUGCUCAGUAUUAUUCUAGUUUAAAUCAUCUCUUCUUGUUAAAGUGUGAUUGAUUUCUGUAUUUUCAGCAUCAUUCAGAGGAUCUUCUGGAUUCAGAAUAAUACACUGAUUUAUUGAACAACAAACCUUUCUGAUUCUUAAAGAAAAUAAAAAUGAAAACUUCUGAGUUGAUCUAAAGUGAUUUAAA